UCUCCGUGUCCCUCACUGUGCCAGUGCAGACUGUUCCAGCCUGAGACAGAGCAAGAGCCAGGGAAUUGGUGUGGCACAGAAGUGCUGUCCUCCAUUCAUCCUUCCUUCCUUCUUUCAUUCUUUCUUAGGCAUUUCCCUGGACAUCUCUUUCUCUUACUGCUGAUCUGAUCUGUCUUUCCACUGUGCUGUUCUUGGAGCAGGGCAGACUGGGAUGGGUUGUGGAAAUUCCUCUGCCACUAACACCACAGCAGGAGGUCCUGCAGAGGCUGCGAAAGAUGUGACAGAAGAUCCGAUCCAAGACGAUGAGAAAAGAAGGAAUUACGGCGGGGUGUAUGUGGGACUCCCGGCAGAUAUGAACACGGUAGCAGCCAGUCAGUCCAAGUCCACACGGAAAGACUAGCCUAUUAGAAACAGAGUGACAAGAACCAGCACUACUGUUGAAUAUCUAUAGAAGGAGUUUCCUUGGACCAUAAUAGACACCAAAAAUGACCUCUGUGUGAAGUUGUAUGGUCCUGUAUGAAGUGAAGCUGUGUGACUCUCCUCUGGGACUCCAUCUGUGUGAAACUCUGAACACAUCCAUGAUCUGGGUUUAACAGAGGCUGUUCUUGGAAAAGAAACGAAAGGAGGUCCUAGAGCCAAAAUGGCGUUUGUAGCUCAGGAACACGGCAAUCGUAACAAAGGCAUGCCAAACACUCGAACCUCGGAUCCGACUCUGCAAUAACGGACUAACCUGCAUCUUAACCUGCAUCUAGACUCCACUGCUGUAACGAACCCAGUGAAACACACAUCACUUCACAGUACGUAGUAAAGAUUAGUCCAUGCACUCAGUCCAGCGUGAUGUAGUGAACGAAGCUGUCCAACUAACUCCAACUAACCGUGUUCAUCACAUCCAUCACCGAAUUAACACUAAAUGAGCACAUUCCACACCUCAUGUACUAUGUUACAGACACAGUGCAAAUUAGCUCAGCUCUGAACUAGGAAGUACUGGGAAAAACUAAUUCUUAGUGGCCUUUAUAUUUAGUUAUAUUUAGCUAAGUUUUAUGUCAUUUCAAGUACAUUACUGUACAUUACUUGUAAGUGCAUUGCAUCUUUCAAAGAUUGUGUAUAUUGUAAAAAAGAAAUAUUAUGUAAUUAUUGUUUGCUUAAGUCUGUUUAUGUACACUAUAUACACACUGUCUAAAUAUGUGUAUGUGUGGAUGCUGGAGAAUGAAAGAAAAAGCUAUGUGCUUCUUUGGGAAGAAUUGGUUCUUGUCAGAGGUUAAGGUGCGUUUUUGAUGCUGCAAAAGUGAAAGAGAAGAAACUUCCCUUAUAACCGAUAUGAUUUGCAAGAUAGUUAUAUGAAAUAGUUCAAAUGAGAUUAACUUCACUUCUCUAAUCACGGAGCAGGACGAGGAAAUGAAAGAGUGACCCGACAUUAUAAAUGUUUAGGGAAAAUAAGCUGUAGGUAUACAGUAUACAGUUUGUUAAUUCAACAUUUGGGCAUAAAGGAGAAUUUGUGUCUUCUAGAAAGUCACAUUUGUGUGUUGGUUGAAAACUGAGCAACUUGUCGAAGAUAAAACGCUACACUUGACCUGAAACGUUAUAAAUGUGUGCAGGAGCAAGGCAUUUUUGACCACACUUUAAAAAAAAAAACAACAACGUGAAUUUAGUCAAAAUGAACCAAGUCUAGGAUUAUUAAACCUAUUUCUAGAUAUAUUUGAUUUAAUUUUAUGCUUGAAAAGUUCUUUUGACAGAUUCAUUACUUUGCAUUACUUUCUAAAAAAGAAGCAAAAGAAGCUUACAAAUAGUCAGAUUUACCAAGAAAUAGGUUUCAAAACCUUAUAUUUAGUUUAUUGUAAUCUUAUAAUAAAAACAGUUAUAGUAGAUCAGUUUGAUCUGGAUUCAUAAAAGAUCAUAAAAGAUGUCAUUUAUUUGCAUCAUAUUUUAUUUAUUUUAUCAUAUUUCAGUCUGGCUUUUGUCACUGGAAAAAGAAAAUCUUCCAACAUACUGUAUGUAGUAUUUCCUUUUAUUGGAAUACCAUAAGCCAAACUUAAGAUUAUUAAA